AACAGCCCUGUCAUUGACUAGAAUGGGCUAAUUGUUCCGAAAACAAGGUGCAAACGUGCCAGUAAAGAAAAUAACAUUUAAACAUGUCUAAUGACAUUUCGAAGAAGAAGGGGAAGAGUUCCGGUGAGAAAAGGGCGAAGAAAAAGGUGAAGCGAAAAGAGACAUACGCCAUGUACAUCUAUAAAGUUUUGAAACAGGUUCAUCCGGACACGGGCAUCUCCAGCCGGGCCAUGAGCAUAAUGAACUCCUUCGUCAACGACUUGUUCGAGAGGAUCGCCACUGAAGCGUCCCGCUUGGCUCAGUACAACAAGCGCUCCACCAUCACCAGCCGGGAGGUGCAGACCGCCGUCCGUCUGCUGCUACCCGGCGAGCUGGCCAAGCACGCCGUGUCGGAGGGCACCAAAGCGGUCACAAAGUACACCAGCUCCAAGUGAGGACUUGGGACUGGAAACGCACCCGUUAACUUGGUUUGGUUGUACACCUGCAGCCGUGUUGGCUUCUAAUAAAGUCCCUUUACACGUGUAA